AUGGCGACAAUCGAUAAGUCUUGGACCAAAAUCAGAAAUCGUGGUUGCCAUGAAUUUUGGAAUGGUCUACAAGCCUUUUCAGCAAUGGCAUCAGAACAUAAGGAUUGUGAUGGAAGAAUUCGAUGUCCUUGUGUGAGAUGUAUAAAUAGUAGGUUUGAAAAAAUAGAUAGGGUUAGAGCAUACGUAUUUGAUCGAGGUUUUAUGCAAGGAUAUGAGAAGUGGAUUUAUCACGGGGAGCUUGAGGAUGCUAUCGAUGAUGUAGCAGUUGGUGAUGUUGAAUCAGAGGAUGAAAUGAUUCCUAUUCUAGAAGACUUCUUUCCCUCGACAACAGAGGAUGUACAAGGUGAAGAUGAACAACCAACCACAAGCCCACAUUUUGAUGACUUAUUUGAGGAAAUUGAAGCUGAAUUGUAUCCCGAUUGUGAUUGGAUUUCGUCUCUCAAAUUUUUAGCAAAGCUAUUGCAUUUAAAAGUUAGAGGAAAAAUUCCUAAUAACAUCUUUGAAGAAUUGUUGAAGCUGUUAAAAUUUGCAUUUCCGAAGGAAAAUAAUAUUCCAGCAACAUACUACGAGGCAAAAAAGAGAUUGAAGAAAUUAGGCUUGGGUUAUGACUCUAUCCAUGUCUGUUUGUAUAAUUGUUGCUUAUUUUAUAAGGAGAAUGCAUCCAAGGAGGCUUGUCCAAUUUGUGGAACUAGUCGUUGGGUUAAUUCCGAGAACGACAAAGCAAAAAAAGUUCCUUGCAAAGUCAUGCGAUACUUUCCGUUGACACCUCGAAUUAAAAGAUUAUAUAGUUCGAGAAUUACAGCGAAGAGCAUGAUAUGGCAUCAUACUGGAAAAUCAAAAGAUGAUGGGGUGUUGCGACACCCGGUCGAUGGUCUCGCUUGGAAAGACUUUGAUGCAAAACAUCGUGAGUUUGCAAGGGACCCAAGAAAUGUUCGACUAGGGUUAGCUGCUGCUGGAUUUAAUCCAUUUGGCAACAUGAGUCUUGCAUACAGCAUGUGGCCAGUGGUGUUGGCUAACUAUAAUCUACCACCUUGGUUAUGUAUGAAAGAUAAUUAUUUUUUGCUAUCUACCCUAAUUCCUGGUGCAAAAUCUCCUGGUAAAGACAUGGAUAUAUUUUUAAGACCUUUGGUGGAUGAAUUAAAGGAGUUGUGGAAUAAUGGGGUACCAACGAGAGAUAGUUUGACCAACUCGAUGUUCACCAUGCGUGCUGCGCUUUUGUGGACAGUGAAUGAUUUUCCUGCUCGUAGUAGCUUGUCUGGGUGGAGUGGUCAAGGUUAUAAAGCUUGA